AUGACGCGAGUGUAUCUCGACUAUAACGCCACGACGCCGGUGGAUCCUUCCGUAGUACAGGCUCUAAUGCCUUACCUCGGCAUUCAGUUUGGCAACGCGUCCUCGUCCUACGCGCUGGGCCAGACAGCCAAGAAAGCAGUGGCCAAUGCGCGCACCCAAGUGGCGUCAAUGCUGGGCGCUGCCGAUCCGAGUGAGAUCGUGUUCCUCUCAGGCGGCACAGAAUCCAUCAAUUACGCUAUCAAGGGAGUAGCGCUGGUCGCUAAGCGUGAGAGCGGACGCAACCACAUCGUCACGUCCAGUGUGGAGCAUGUGGCUGUGUUGGAGACUUGCAAGUGGUUGGAGACGCAGGGCUUCCAGGUCACGUACUUGCCUGUAGAUCGCUUCGGCUGUGUGUGUGUGCAGGACGCGCUAGACGCUCUCACGCCACAGACUUGUGUAGUGUCAAUCAUGCUUGCGAACAACGAGGUGGGCUCUUUACAACCUGUUGCAGAGAUCUGUCGAGCGGUGCGACGAUUCGUGGAGGAGGAGGAGGACCGCCUGUCAAUUGCUGUGCAUACAGAUGCUAGUCAGGCAAUUGGUAAAGUGCGCGUGAAUGUACAGGACCUUGGGGUGGACCUGCUCACUGUGGCAGGUCACAAACUAUACGCACCCAAGGGUAUCGGCGCAAUCUACAUUCAUGAAGGAACAGUGGUGGACACGAUCAUCCACGGCGCCUCACAGGAGAACGGACGCCGUGGUGGGACGGAGAAUGUUGCAUUUGUAGUGGCACUUGGUCAGGCUUGUGCAUUGGUGGAAAAAAACCUUCACGAAUACGCAGUCAGGAUGCAGGAGAGUAGAGCGUUCCUUCUCGAGCAAAUCCAGAAGCACUGCAGUCUCACUAACGUCAGUUACCAGGUGAAUGGCCACCCGGAACUCUAUAUGCCCAACACACUCAGCAUCAGCUUUGAGAACAUCAGCGCGCCACUUCUUUUGGACUUGAUCGAGGUCGACGGCAUCUACGCUAGUGCAGGAUCAGCAUGCCACAGCCACAAGCAAAAGUCUGGCAAGGGACAGGAGUUAAAUCCUGAGGGUCAGGAGGAUUAUAUGACUGUUUCACACGUGCUGGCGGCCAUGCGCGUGGCUCCCGCGUUUGCUAAAGGCACGCUGCGCUUGUCAGUGGGCCGCUCCACUGGGCAGGAAGAGCUGCUGCAUGCUGCAAACGCGAUUCACAAGGCCAUUCAGCAACUGUUGGCUUAGCUAACCAACACAGUCAUGGAACUAUAACGUCGCACAUAAGUGACAUCAUGCUCGUCGACCAGAUUUAAAAAAAAAAAAAAA